AAUUUAUAACGGAUGAAUUUAUUUUUAAAAUUCAAUCUUUUGAUAAUUGUUUCCCUCCUACACAGUAACGACAAUCUCGUCACUUAGAAAAUCCCCAGAAUCACUCUCUCUCUCUCUCGCUAGGGUUUCCGAUAUCAAAUUCCUCAGAAAUUUUAGGGUUUUUUCUUGUGAUACCCUAAUCGGAAAUGAAGCUAAGCCAGAAAUUAAAGAAGCCUAGUUCAUCCACCAAGCUAAUUCUACAAGAGAUCAUCGGUUUGACGACAACAAACGCCAAUGGAUUGGCAUCAGUUACUUGCAGCUCGAAAUGUGUUUACUUGGCGGGAUGUGUUGUGGUAGUCUACGAUGUAGGUUCUUUCACUCAAUCGCAUCUUGUUGUAUCUCAUCGUAUGCCUAAGCCUUUGAGCUGUGUUGCGGUUUCGCAGAAUGGGCGAUUUGUAGCUGCUGGAGAGUCUCCGAAUCUCUCUGCAGUCUUGAUUUGGGACUGUGACACUUUGGGACUUGUCUCGGAGCUGAAAGGCCACCUUUAUGGAUCUCAGUGUCUUUCCUUUUCACCAAAUGGGGAAUAUUUGGUGAGUGUUGGAGGAUACAUAUAUCUUUGGGACUGGCGCAAAAGCAUCUUGAUGGCGAAGGUCAAAGCGAGUUCUAAUUGCUCUGAGAUAACUUCUGUGACCUUCUCAUCCAAUAGAAAAUUCAUUGUUACUUCUGGGAACAAGCACUUGAAGUUCUGGACAGUGGGUUCUUUCCAGAGGACACGUUCAAGUAAAGUAGGAUCUUUGGCAUUUCAUGGAAAGCAAACUGAUAAUGGUUUUCAAAAAGGAAACUCGUUUGUGUCAGUGGUAUCAAUCAAUAGAGUGAACUCUAGUGGAAUUGACGAACAAAGUGACGAAUUUAUCUCAAUAUACGCUCUCACAGAAGCAGGUGUUCUAAUGCUCAUGAGUUAUGGGAUGUUAAUCAACAAGUCGGUGGAUUUGAAGGUUGAAAAAUGUUUUGCUCUAUCUGCAUCCAGUGGAUUGAUAGCCUGCGCUUGCAGCAAGGGAAUGGUCCAGCUAUUUACGCCUGAAACUUUAGAUUAUGCUGGCACAAUACAAUUUUCAGAUGCUAAAAGCAGCAACACUGAAAAUCAGUCUCAUUCAGCAGAACUCAAAAAUACAGAAUCUCCGCCUGUUAUUUUUCCGGACGCAGUUGCUUGCCAGUUUUCUACCAAAGAUAAGCUCGUUGUCAUCUAUGGGGAUCGUAGUCUCUAUGUUUGGGAUGUGAACGAUGUGAACAAGCCUACUAGGUGCUCGAUGAUGAUAUCACAUUCUGCCGGAAUUUGGGAUAUCAAAAACCUCUCUUGUGGAAAUUUGCACAGUCCAACAGCUGCAUGUGUAGCUAGGGGAUGCAGUGAAGGGGUUUCCUUCACUACAUGUUCUGAAGAUGGAACCAUCAGGUUGUGGGAUCUUGCUUUUGAAGUGGGUCCAGCAGCCAACGCAAGCAGUAAUCCCUCAGAAUCUUCCACACAAGGGAUUAUGCAUUUAGCUAGCGCUGGAAUUUUUGAACGUGAUCUCGUUGAGACAUGUGGUAGCAAAUUUGGUUUCCGAGCACUGGUAGUAAGUGAAGAUGGAAAGUACUUAGCAGCUGGGGACUGUGGAGGGAACCUUCAUAUAUAUGACCUACAAGAAUCAGAAUAUACAUGCUUUACGGAUGCUCAUGAAGCAGAAAUUCAGUCAUUGAGCUUCAGCUCUCCUGGACUGAAAGACGUUGAUUCUGAAAAUGCCUCAAGCAGCGAUUUCUUGCUUGUUUCUGGUGGGAAGGGCCGAGCGAUCCACAUUUAUGAUGUCAAAAGGAACUUUGAUCCCGUUGGAAGUGUUUGUGGUUCAGCUGCUGUAACUUCUGUUAAAUUUGCAUGUAAUGGCCAGAAAAUGUUAACUUCUGGUGCAGAUAGGUUGCAGCUGUUUGACGUUGUCAGAAAAGCAAGUAGUGUGCGUCUUUCACCUUCUCAUCCUAAAACUCUCUCUCAUGGAACCAUCUAUGAUGUGGUUGUAGAUCCAACAUCAGGACUUGUUGUCACAGUGGGACAGGAUAAGAAGAUAAACAUAUUCGACAUAGGCAGUGGAAAGCUUGUUAGAUCAUUCAAGCAAGACAGAGACCAUGGAGAUCCCUUAAAGGUCAUUUUGGACCCAAGCUACAGCUACUUAGUAUGCUCCUACUCUAACAGGACAAUCUGCUUUGUCGAUUUCGUCACCGGAGAGUUGGUUGCUCAGGCCACAGGACAUGGUGAAGCUGUGACUGGUGUUAUUUUCCUACCUGAUUGCAAACAUAUCAUUUCAGUUGCAAGUGACGGCUGUAUUUUUGUCUGGAAACUUCCUCUGCGAAUGGCUACUCGUAUUAUACAGGCAGUAAAUGAAAAUGGCAGGUUAACUGUGGCCCAACUUGAAAAGUUCAAGCAAAUUGCGGUUGAUUUGGAGGAAGACAAUCCAAAAGAUGCAUCAUGUUCUGCAAACUAUAAGCCAGUAGAAGAGAACGCAGAUCAGAUGCAGCAGCAACGCUCCCCAUGGACAUCCUCAUUUAAGUUCAGCGUUUCUCGACUUCCUAAGUGGGCUCAAGCUAAAGUGGAAACAUCUGAUAUUGCUACCAAUUGUCAGGAUUCCAUUUCAAACCAGAAACAUGAAGAUGAAAGUCUGGCAAAUACUGUUGUUGACUGUGCUGAAGAAUGCUCUUCUGUAAAUCUUGAUUGCCAAACUCCCAAACAAGGUUCAAAAGCCGAAAAUUCAUGCCUUGGAAGUCUUUCCAAAAGCUCCAGCGAUACUGAAACUUCAGUGCUUCAAAGAGAUGAUCCUAGCCACAAGAAAGAAAAAACCCGUUGGAACACUAUCUACAACGUGUGUUUGGAUCUUCUAAAUUCUCCAAACAUCCAAGCACCUUUCAUUAUACAACAGAAACCUGAGAAUUUCUGCACCAAACAUUCUGCCGGGCAUGGGGGCAUGCUCAAGCAGUUUGAUAACAGUUUGUCAAUGAUAGACGAGGUUGAGGCCGAAAAAUCAUCGCAGCAAAGAAGAUAUUCUUCCCAGUUUUUCCUAAGAAGAGACUACAUCGGCGGAAGCAAACAAUUUAUGCGUACGCCCUCCCAGAAAUCAGGGUACAAGACUUUGAGGUCGAUCCAAGAACAUCUCCCUCUUGAUACGGUGAAAGAUCAAUCUUCACAUAGUUCAGAAGAACAUCCUGAACAGGACAAGACGUCUUCAGAAGUAUUCCAUGAUACACUUGCAGACGAUUCACUUCAAGAAAGGAUAACUUCCUGCCGUCAAGCAUUACACGGUUUAAACGCUGCUGCUGCGGUUUUCGUCCAGUCAAUGUCGGAAUUAUCUACAGCUUCUCCCCGAGAUCAAAUCUCAGGUGAACUUAGAGAUCAGUUGUUUGAUGAAGCAGCUCUGAUGAUUCCAAAAUUGUCUCAUAAAGUUAAUGAAGUUGUUGCCAAGAUAAUGCCUGCGCACAAAAAUAGAAACAGUGAUAGAAUGUUCUCCAAUUAGUUCAAGUAGAAAGAUUAUACAAAAAACUCUGUACAGUUACUUCACCUUUCAAAUUCAAUAAUAAUGGAUUGUUUGUUGCUCUUCCUAA